AUGGGAGGUUCCACCUCGUCUCUUGUUGAGGAGGUCGAGGGGGGGGCUGCAUCUCGGGGUGCGGCUCCGCCCCCCUCCCCCACCAUGGGGUGUUUGAGGAGCAGCCAGAGCUCCUUCCUCCCCCGACAGCUUCCCCGAGCCGGCAGGCACCGGGAGCGCAGUUUCUCCUCUGGUUCGAUGCCGAUGCAGAGGAGCCAAUGGGCUUGUGGCUGUUGUACUUUCCUGAACGCAGCCGGCGCCCCCCGCUGCUCGAUCUGUGAAGCUCCACGGCAGAUACCCGACAGCCGGUGGAUGUGGCCCGGGGACAGCAGGGAGGACGCCCGCUGGUCCUGCCCACGCUGUACACUGGCCAACCCCCCCGACAGCCUGGCCUGCUCCCUCUGUGGCUUCGCCGGCACCCUGGACCGACCCCGGAGCUCCUCUGAACACCAGCCUCGGCCCCGGCGCUCCAGCAGCUGCUCGGGGCCCCUGAGGACGUCGAGGACCGAGCCGUCCCGGCAGCAGAACAGGACAUUUCCAGGAGACGCAGAUGAACGCAGCCUGAUUUGGGAGUGUUUGAGGUGCACUCUGCAGAACACCCCUACCUCCAUGUCCUGCUCUGCCUGUGGGGGCCCACGCAAACUGUCCCUCCCCCAGAUUCCUGCUGAGGUUCUGCUCAUACCUGAGGUCUGCGAUCCAACAGGAACCCAACAGGAACCUGCAGCCGCGGCGCUCUCCCUUUCCAUAUCAGCCGGAGGAGAGUGUUUCCCUGUGGAGGACUCAGGGCUCAGUGCUUCAUCUUCAGCUCAUAACAAUCCAGUUCCCUGCAGUCGCAGAGAGGUGCCACCUCCAGAUGUGUCCCUCAGUCAAGCACAGAACGUGAGUCCUUCUCCUUCAACUCUGGCAGUUCCUCAUCUGUGCGUCCAACCAGAGCUGCUGCCCGGCAGGCGGCUCAGCGUCCUCAAGGAGGAGACGUCCCCAGUGUCUUCUGCGUCCGACGGCUCCGGCUCGUUUCCACCCUGCGUCCUCUCCGUCAACCGGACCGAGGAGUGGACAUGUCCCGCCUGCACUCUCAUCAACAAGGUCCAGGCCAAUCACUGCCUGGCCUGCCACACCCCUCAGGGACACGCCCCCCAGCUCAGACCAGCGGCGUCCCCGAGGAGGAAGGAGAGCGUGAUGGUGGAGGAGCUGAGACAGAGUGAUGAGGAGGAGGCCAAGGAGCUGUGGGAGAACAUCACCAGCUUCUGUAGGGAGAACGCAGUGACCUUCGUGGACGAUAGUUUUCCUCCCAGUCCGAAGUCCGUUGGAUUCCCGACGGACGACAACGUCCAACAUCGGGUCAGAAAGUGGCUCCGCCCCCAGGAGAUCAGCUGCAGCAGCGUUAGAGAGGGGGGGGUGAAGUGGUCUGUGUUUCGCACGCUUCGCCCAUCCGACAUCCUGCAGGGACUUCUGGGUAACUGCUGGUUCCUGAGCGCCCUCGCGGUUCUGGCCGAACGUCCUGAUCUGGUGGAGAAGGUGAUGGUGACCCGCUCGCUGUGCGCAGAGGGAGCCUAUCAGGUGCGUCUCUGCAAGGACGGCUCGUGGACCACGGUGCUGGUGGACGACAUGCUGCCGUGCGAUGAGACCGGGCACCUCCUCUUCUCUCAGGCUCAGAGGAAGCAGCUCUGGGUGGCUCUGAUAGAAAAAGCUCUGGCCAAACUCCACGGCUCCUACUUUGCUCUGCAGGCAGGUCGGGCCAUCGAGGGCCUCUCCACGCUGACCGGGGCCCCCUGCGAGUCUCUGGCCCUCCAGGUCAGCGCCACCAACCCCAAAGAAGAACCCAUCGACACGGACCUGAUCUGGGCCAAGCUGCUGAGCUCUAAAGAAGCAGGCUUCCUGAUGGGGGCGUCGUGUGGAGGAGGCAACAUGAAGGUGGAUGACGCUGAGUACGAGUCCCUGGGUCUACGUCCCCGACACGCCUACUCCGUCCUCGAUGUGCGAGACGUCCACGCUCACAGAUUACUGCAGCUGAGGAACCCGUGGGGUCGAUUCUCCUGGACGGGGCCGUGGGCCGACGAUUGGCCCAACUGGCCUCCGCACCUGAAGAGGGAGCUCUGCACCCAGCGAGCCGAGGACGGCCUGUUCUGGAUGGACUUCUGGGAUUUCAUCAGGUACUUUGACUCAGUGGAUAUCUGUAAGAUUCACUCAGACUGGCAGGAGCUCCGGGUUCCAGGAGCUUUCCCCCGAGGAGCCGACGUCCCGGUGAGGGCCGUGUCCCUCACGGUGCUGGAGCGAUCAGCUGUGGAGCUGGCUUUGUUCCAGCAGGGCAGCAGGCGAUGGGACACAGCGGAGAGCCACCUGCUGGAUCUGUGCCUGCUGGUGUUCCGAGUGGCCUACAGCAGCUCGGGCGGCCUGGCGCUGGGUCGCCUGCUGGCUCACAGCCGGCGCUCGGUCCGGAGGUUCGUGGGCUGUGACGUCAUGUUGGAGCCGGGCGAGUACGCUGUGCUCUGCUGCGCCUUCAACCACUGGACCAGCUCCGUCACAGAGGGGACCAUGGGCAGAUGCAGAUCUGAGCCUCCUGGUUACACGCUCGCCGUCUACAGCUCCCGGCUCGUGAUGGUGGAGCAGGUGACGGCCUCCAGCACCACCAUCGCCGACGCCAUCAUCCAGCUGACAGAGACCAGAGGAGAGAGGCACGAGGGUCGGGAGGGGAUGACCUGUUUCUACCUGACCCACGGGUGGGCGGGGCUCAUCGUCAUGGUGGAGAACAGACACCCCCGACAUCACCUGCACGUGUCAUGUGACUGCAGCGACAGCUUCAACGUGGUGUCGACACGCAGCAGCCUCCAGACCCUGGACAGCAUCCCUCCUCUGCACAGGCAGGUGCUGGUGGUUUUGUCUCAGCUGGAGGGAAACGCUGGAUUCUCCAUCACACACAGACUGGCUCACCGUAAAGCCGUCCAGGCGUCUCUGGGGAGCUGGAGUCCUUCGAAGGCGAUUCACAGUCCAGCUCUGAGCCCAGAGACAGCAGGUCUGCACCAGCCUCGACCACUCUGA